AUGCUUCAGCCGGCCCAUCAGGCUCCCACACCUCAGCCGGUUUGUAUGGCUCUCACGCCUGAGCCGGCUCGCCAGGCUCCCACACCUCAGCCGGUUUGUAUGGCUCCCACGCCUGAGCCGGCUCGCCAGGCUCCCACACCUCUGCCGGUUCGUAUGGCUCCCACGCCUGAGCCGGCUCGCCAGGCUCCCACGCCUCUGCCGGUUCGUCAGGCUUCUACGCCCCAGCCGGCUUGUCCAGCACCCAUGCCUCGGUCGGCCCGUCAGGCUCGCCCUGGUGGGAUGUCGGGUUGCGUCCCUAGUGGACGCUGUCCUGUCCUGUUCCGUUCCAUGUCCGUUGAUAAUUAA